AUGCCUCGUCCUAGAAGACCCGGUGCACCAGAACCAAAGCGUCGAAGCCGUAAAGGAUGUUGGCCAUGCAAAGCACGCAAGGUCAAAUGUGGUGAGGAGAAACCUGCAUGUCUUAAUUGCCAGCGACAAGGCGAACCUUGCGACUAUAGUGUCCGUCUAAAUUGGGGAGGAAGGGCGAAACGCAUGUCAGUUGAUUCGCCGAAUUCACAAUCUAGUGGGUAUGGAGGAGCUGUAAUUGGGUUUUCGGGCUCAUUCGCUAUCAACAAUCUGAGCCCGACUUCGUUCCCCACUCCAACAAGCAACAAUCCUGCAGAUGGCUUUCUCAACAUUCAUCCCGGGGAUUUGACUUCGCCGAGAGCAAUAUCUCCAAGUACACCAGCUCCAGUGGGCUUUUUUGAAUCUCCUAGGCUCGGGUCAGGCUCUGAAGGAGUGACAUCGCCGGGCCAAUUAGAGCCUCAGUUCUCCUCAACUUGGGCGGAACAAUCCCCUCCAUUGACAACAUCAGUAUCCUCGGCGCCUUUAUUGCAAUAUCAAUUUGGACAGGAGAGUUUUGAUACGCCGUCAUAUCUAGAUUCGGUAGACCCGACAUCUGGUCUCAGAUCACUCUCUGCCUUUGCGUUUCAUACAAACCCCGUGUCGCAGCCAGUUUCAUACAUGCGUCACCCUGUGGAUGCUCCCAAUCACUGCUCGGGUUCAUCUAUCUCCCACUCUCGUGAUGAAGGACACCUGGACCAGGGCAUGCAUCUUGGGGCUGGGUCUGGGACAGGGCCAAACGGGUCCUCAAACAGCCCGCAGGAUACUGGCGGCUUGUCCUCCAUGUUUUUCGAUUCACACAAAGUGUCGAUUGCUAAAAGUGAUGCAACCUCGUCUCCGAGGAUCCGCGAGACAACCAGCAACAUGGGCUCUGUACAUGACUACCACCAUGAAUUGACUCCGGAUCAUCAGCUAUCGGCAGAGAGCAAUCAUGAAAUUGAUCAAACAUCCCACGAGUCUUCAAUGGCCCGCAACAAAUGGCAAGCAUAUCUGAACAGUGUAACCGACAAUUAUGGAUUGGACUCCGGGCGCCCUGAUCAGGAUCUGACUUUCAACAAUGACCAUGCUGCCAUAGACAUCAACUAUGCGUUGGAUUCGGUCAGUUCUCGAUGGCGCAACGAGGAAGCCUCGCAGUCGAAAGCUUCUCAACCUGACCCCGGACCACAGGUCCAGUUUUGCAGUGGUUACUAUGCUUCCCCAGUACCCGUCAAUGUCCCGAGGUACUUGUCUCCGCUUCCGUCAUCGCUGCUGGAGAACCCUAUCAAUUUGAUGUACUUCCAUCAUUUCCUAAACCACACUGCUCGCAUGCUUGUACCGCACAACUGCGAUAAUAAUCCGUUUAUCUCAGUUUUACCAUCAAUGGCAAUCGGUGAUUCCAAUCUCCUCAAUUUGCUACUUGCAUACUCUGCUAGUCAUCGUGCUCGAUAUUUAGGUCAUCCCGAGCCCUCCAAUCGAAUUGCUCAUUGGGUUAGCCAGGUUUUCCCAACCCUGCGUAUGGCAUUGGAGUCAUCCAGUGAAGACAUCACUGACAGCCACUUGGCUACAGCUAUUAUGCUGUUGUCAUUAAAGAUUGUUUCUCCAAGAACAUUUGAAGUGCCGAUCACCUGGAAGAGUCAUCUAAAGCUUGCUCGCGAUUUAUUCCUUGCACGAAGUGAGAGUAUGGCACAGCCUGGGAACAGAAUUGGGGCAUUCUUCGCCCGCUGGCUGGGCUACCUCGACACGAUGGGUUCUCUGUCGUGUCGAGAAGCCGGUCCUCCGCUAAUGAUAUACCACUCCAUUUUAACGGCUUGCUCCGCGCCCGACGGUCAUGAUGAGUUUGGCGUUGACUGCUUCACGGGGUUCACCCCCCGCACUGGGGUAUUCCUGAUCCGUCUUGCACAGCUGGUGCAGGAAUGUGACAAUCAACGCUUCGAUGAAAUGGGUAACUUCCGACAUGACUGGCACGCAUCUGCUGAAAUGGUUCUGGAAGCGCAAUCUGUACUUGGUGAUAUCGCCGGAAUCAGUGGGCGUGUGUAUACCAUUCCGGAACACCAUCACGGUGUUGAGUCCUCGGACAUGAUAGCCAUCGAGGAAGCUUUCCGGUUUGCUGGUCUUCUGCAUCUCCAUCGGCGUGUCCUUGGGUCUUCACCUGACUCCUUCCCCGUAAAGGAGGUCUUGUGCAAGCUCAUUGAUGCCCUCGGGCGCAUGCGCCCUGGUGCAGCCACAGAAGUCUGCUCCUUGUUCCCGCUCUUCACGGCUGGUUGUGAAUCCAGAGAUCCAGUUCAACAAGAUAAGCUUUUGGACCGAUUCUUUGUAUUGGAGAGCUCGGGCAUGAAACAGAUUCAAAACGCGCGUCAAUUGAUGCAACACUGCUGGGAUGAAAAUCUGCCUUGGAUUGCCCUGGCUAGCGGUAUAUCUAAUGGACUACAACCAUGUACGAUGCACGUCAAGAUCGAAAUCCACGACUCCGCAGCGGGGUCGCUGAUCCCCCAGCUUCCCCACGCCAAGCCAGUCCAGCCGAGCGCCGCGGCUUUCGAUGGACUAGCCCACUUGAACAAAGACAGUAUAUUCCCAAAAUCCAUCAUGAUCUUCGAUCCAAGCCCCAUCGAGCUUCCAUCUUCUUACGAACGGGUUGAAACAACCGGCCAUGUCGUCGUCUCUCACUACCCCCCAGGCACGCCGUCAGUCACCCCCGUCGUCAUCGUAACGCUGAAUCGUCCGGCUAAACAUAAUGCGUUCACCCCGCAAAUGGUCGUGGAUUUCGAAAAGCUCUUUCCCAUGUUCGAUGUCGACGAGCGUGUGAAAGUUGUCGUCUUGACGGGUGCGGGAAAGACAUUCUGUGCUGGGGCAGAUCUUGAAAUUGGUUUCGGCGGUGGUAAGGACAGGACGGCGGACCAUCGUGACGGUGGUGGGCGAGUCUCACUGUCCAUCCAUAGAUGCCGCAAGCCAACGAUUGUAGCAAUGCAAGGUUCAGCUGUUGGAGUCGGCAUGACUAUGACUCUUCCGGCGAUUAUCCGAAUCGGCUAUGAAAAAGGUAAAUAUGGUUUCGUCUUCGCCCGCCGAGGUAUAACCAUCGAAUCAUGCGCCUCAUACUUCCUCCCCCGUCUCGUCGGCCACUCAAACGCCAACUACCUCGUCAGCACGGGAGGAGUCUUCCCGCCUACAUCUAAGCACUUCGGCGACCUUUUCAAUGAGAUCCUCCCGGACCCAUCGCAGGUCCUGCCGCGCGCUCUCGAGCUAGCCACCGAGAUUGCUGAGAAUGUUAGUCCGGCUUCGUCUUACCUCAAUCGGGCGCUUAUGUGGCGCGAUACUGGGUCGGCGGAGGCUGCACAUCUCAUCGAGUCACAAGUCAUCAACCACAUGUUUGGAUCGGAGGAUCAGAAAGAGGGUGUUACGGCGUUCUUUGAGAAGCGAAAGCCGAACUUCAAGGCUAACCUCGAUGAUAACCCGCCACCGAGUGUGCCGUGGUGGACAGAGGUUGAUACUGGUCGGAACCCUAAGGCAAAAGCAAAAGCGCAUUCGAAGCUCUAA